AGAAGAAAAAGACAGAGAAAACAGACAAGGUGGAGGAGGAGAAGAAGACAGAGAAAACAGACAGGGAGGAGGAGGAGAAGAAGACAGAGAAAACAGACAAGGUGGUGGAGGAGGAGAAUAAGAAAAAGACAGAGAAAACAGACAAGGUGGAGGAGGAGGAGAAUAAGAAAAAGUCAGAGAAAACAGACAAGGUGGAGGAUGAGAAAUCCGAGAAAAAAGAGCUUAAAAGUCCUGAGAGGAAAACGGACAAGAUAGCAGAGACAGCUGAUAAGGCCAAAAAAACUGCAAGUAAACCUUCAACCAAUGGGAGCGGUGCUGCACCAAGCCGGGACCUGCCAAGUCCAGACAAGAAGACCAAGCCUGUUGCUGGGGCAACCAAACCGAGCGCUGCUAAGCCGCAGCGGAGCUCGGCAGCAUCCGUCAGUGCUGCCGUCCCCAAACGCCCCACCCAUUCCUCCACCUCAGCCACACUCAGCAAAAAAACGCCCAUGCCCAAGGCCCCCACCCCCACCACUGCCCACAAGCGACCCUUGUCCGCAGCCAACCUCUCCACAUCUGCCGCCGCCACCUCCACCACUGCGCCCCGUGAAGUCAAGUCUAAGACCACAGAGAGACGUCCUCUAGUACCAAAGGCGACCACCACCUCCACGGCUCCAAAUGCUGCCCCCAAAAACGUCUCUGCUACCACGGCAACCAGUAAACCAGCCAUGGCGCCCCGCACCGCCACAAGCACACCCGCAACCAGACGCCCCCUGGCAUCAAAGACUGACAGCAAGCCAGGAGAGGAAAACAAGCCCAGCACUCUGAAGUCAACAACAGCUGACUCCACCCGGCCCCGGACCAGCACCACCAAUGCCACCCCCCGUGUCCGCCCCACCACCACCAAACCAGCCCCCGCCCCCUCCUCCACAGUACCAGAGAAGAAGGCCCCUGGGCCCCGUGUCCCCCGUCCCACCUCUAACACCACCUGGGGCAAUGUCAGCGCCUCAGGGACCACCUCCCACCCAAGCACAGCCCCCGCACCUGACAUCCGCAACGUGCGCUCCAAGAUCGGCUCCACGGACAACAUGAAGUACCAGCCCGGAGGGGGGAAGGUCUCUGGCAGGAGCGACGCCCUGGGCCAAGGCUCCUCCUCCAAAGAGACCAGACAGGCCAAAGUUCAGAUAGUCUCCAAAAAGCUGGACUUCAGCCACGUCACCUCACGCUUGGGUUCCAAGGACAAUAUCAAGCAUGUUCCUGGUGGAGGGAAGGUUCAGAUACUCAACAAAAAGGUGGACUUAAGCAAAGUGACAUCAAAGUGUGGCUCCAAGGCCAACAUCAAACACAAGCCUGGGGGCGGCGAUGUGAAGAUCGAGUCCCAGAAAGUGAACUUCAAGGAUAAGGCUAAAUCCAAAGUGGGUUCAAUGGACAACCUGUGUCACGGGCCCGGCGGUGGCAACAUCGAGGCUGAGGGGGCCCAGGAGAUAGCAGAGGGGAAUGAGGUUCCCCCCAGUGAUACCCCAGUUCCAGACCGGGAGAAUGGGGUAAAGGAGGAUGCCCCUUGCCAGGGCCUCCAUGACCCACAGGGCCUGGACUCAAGCAUCCCUGAGACAAAUUGAGUCUUUCAAGCUCAACUUCUGCUAGAACGCCUGCUCUCGCACGGAUCACGGCGCCGACAUCAUAACCUGGCCAGCCCCAGACAACAGCCCCUCACACCUGCAACCCAGUGUCUCUCUCAAUGACUUCCUGGCCUCUGCCGGCUACCCCCAUCCCCCUCCCUCUUCCCCCCGCCAGGGCAUGGGGCAACGGCACACUAGCAGGACUCGGAUCAUGACCCUCAACCCCACACCCCAGUUCCAAACACCUCACCCUUCCUAUGAUCUAAUUCAUGUAUCAUGUUAUUACGCCUACCCUGCGCUACCUACCUACCGCUGUCCUGUUCCCAUUGGCUGAGCUGACAUUGUACAUACAGUAGACCAAGCUUCAGGCAGGGUGGGAUAUCAAUGGGAGGGUAACGGAGGCUUGCCAUGUUCUCUCUGAUUUGUCUGGUUGUGCUAAUCUUGUAUUAAUGUGCUCGGAGGACUUUCCUAGGAUCAUGGUUUUCCGUUGGUCCCUCUGAUCAGGUGAUGGCUUUCUGACAACAGCACUCAUUUUAGAUCAUGUUUCCUGGUCUCUACAAGAGCAGAACAUGGCAGUCACAGUAGCAGACGCCAGUCAUGUCCAGUAUUACAGUACGUACUAGUGCCGUUUUAGUGAGAGCGUAAUCUACCAGGCAACAGCGGCCUUGAACAAACCUGCUUGCUUCGUACAGACACCCCCAUAGACACUACCCAAUGGGAAACCCUCCUAGACUCACCUGUGGGUUACGUGCGGAGAGUAAUAUGUGUGUAGCACCCCUUUACUUGUGAGCAUGUAGGGCUGCCGUGUGUUCCCAAUAACCAUUGAUUAUUCACUCAGUAUUCACUAACCAUCGACUCACUCACUGGUUCACCUCCUUCCUCUCUUCACUGUCCAUCAUCAGAGCAUUUGAAACUGGUAGCCUGUUUGAACAGUAGGCUAUUUAACUCUCUUUAAUCUAUGUGUUUGUGAUGGUGUGUUUGAGUGAAUUCUGCUGUUACAAUGAGCUGUGGUGUUCUGUUCCGUUUACUCUCUCUCUCUCUCUCUCUCUCUCUCUCUCUCUCUCUCUCUCUCUCGACUUUGGUUUGUUUUCCUCAUCUGUUUUGCUGUUUUGGUAGAAGGUUUUUCUCAUCGUUUCCUUCUUUAUUAGUAUUCUUUCUCGUACAAGCAAUACGCUGGAUGGUCUAUUUACCGUUAGGACUCAGAGAGCUUCUUGAAUACACGCAAACGUUGUUAUUUUUUUUUUUCUUGAAACAAAGGCUCACAGUCAUGAAGACGCAACUCUGUUUAGGGCUUUGAGACCGAGGAAGCAUGUUGGGAAUGUGAGGAGGGACAUAAAGACGGAUAAGAACAGAGAGACAACGAACACUGAGGCUUAGUGAAAGACGUGUCCACUUCAGUGUGUUAAAACAACAAUGUGAUGGCAGUGGAACAUUCGAUGUUUAAAACAGUCUGCGUAUAUAAUAUGUACAAACUGUUCUGAACGUUGAAUAUUCCACUGUCAGAAUAGUAGUCUGGGAAAGUUGAAGAAAGUAGAGUUUGGAAACUUUUAUUUUGAAUACAAUACAAGGGACUUGUGUGAAGAUUAGUUAUUUGAAGGGAAGGGUCUUGGAAAUUGGUGGAGCUGCGUGUCUUGUACGUGCCUCCUGUCCUGUUUACCUGAAACGGGGAUGGAACUCGGGCUGGAAGCUCAAGUUGAUGGGCCCUUGUCCCUGGAGAGUAACAGACCCGUAAAGCCGCCUGGUGGCUCUGUAGUCUGAUUAGGAUUUACAAUAAUUCUAUUUUGUAACUAAUCCUUGUUGUUGUUCCAUUUCAGCUCUUUUCUGAGGGUUCUGUUUUUUGACAGUUAUAAGUGGACUAGCUGAAGGACUUCUUUUGUCAGGCUAUUGGCAGUGGAACAUUCGAUGUGGCUUAUUGUACAUGUAGUAAUGUAUCCAAUGAUUGCCUCCAAUUGCUUAAUUUUAGUGCAUGGCCAGGUAAUAUCAUGCCCAGAGCAGAAAGCCUAUGUGCAUUAUGACUUGCAGUGUUGUGGUUCAAUAUAUUUGUCCUUGGGGGGCAAAUCAUAGUCAGUGGUUUAUCUUUCCUUAUUAUUGCAUUAUUUGCUUUAGACAGUGGGCAGGAAGAGAGUCAGAGGCUGUCAUUUUGCCUGAAAAUUAUAUUGCAGUUUGGUAUAUAAAUCAGCUAUACGUUCAUCGGGUUCAUUUGUGUUGUACUCAAAAUGAGGACAGUACAUCAAGUAAUGUUUUUGAGUAAUGAUCUGUUCCCCCCCCCCCCCCCCCCCCCCCACGCCCCGCUAAUUCAAGUCAAAAUGUAGACCUCCUAAAAGUAGCACCAACACUCCAAAAUGUGCAAGAAUAAUACAACUGACAUUUUUAAUAUGCUCUUAAAUCAGAGGUAUGGAAACUAUUAAAAGCACCUUAAAGGCUUGAAUAUAUCAAAGAGGGUUCACCGUGAUGGAAAUGUGUAUGUGAUUGAAGCUAUCCCUGGAUAUGUCUGCAAUGCAUAAGGGCCACUUAACAAACACUGUUAAGGAGCUUAGCACACUCCUGUACAGCAUAGAACUGUGUUUCAUCUUGAUGGCCUCCCAUUUUGCUCCUAGGACCACCAUGAAAUAUUGUUUGAGGGUAACAAUCUUUUGAGAUGUGUGGAAUAAUCCCCAGAGCCAAAUGUUUUAAGAAAAUAGAUUUUAUUGUUAUCGACAAUAUUUUAGUUUUAAAUUCGAUAGGUUUGUAGAUAUUGAUAUUUGAGAGGUUUGUCGUGCAUCAGAGGAGCGCCUGCUGAGGUGGAUCGUAGUAUGGCCUCUGGUGCCACGUUCCUCGUCUGAUGGGGACAUGUCCUCCUUGUGCCUGUCCACAACCACUUUUACUAUCACUUUCACCCCUGGUCUUCAUGUACUCUUUGAGAUCUCACGCGUUUUUUUUUUUUUUGAAAUAUAGAUUUGGACUGUUUAUACACUAUUUCACCACAGCAACAACAACAAUAUGAAAACAACAAUUGUGGGAGGUGGGGGGGGGGGGGGUGUAAUAAGGAUGUUAAGUAUAGGUUUUAUGUUCAUCUACCUUUAACAGAUUUAAUGGUAAUGAGUAAUAUUAAUUAUUAUUAUUAUUGAGCAAGUCUACCUUUUUUCCAAGAAAAGGGCUGCUAAAGUGAAAGAAUGUUCUGGAGAUUUAGUGUACUAAAGAAACAACACUUUUUCUAUGUGUAUUUAUCUUGUGUAUUUAUCUUGUGUUCCCAUUGGUGUGUGGUUGUGUCAGUGGGGGGGAGUGUUAGAGGGCUUAUGGAAGGCAUAGUGGGAUCUGGUCCAGUUUGUGCAUUGCUGUCUAUUGAACAGCCUUUCUUUCACAAAUUGUAAGAGUUUUGUUAACUUUCACACAACCUUUGUCCAUCCCCACAACCCCAGUCUUAAGAAAUUUAAAUACUGUUAUUUACAGGAAGGUCUUUUUAGAUGUGAUUUUGACAUUGUAGGAUACAGUGGACGACCUCGCGUUGAUUUGAAAACAAGAUACAUGUAACACGAAAGGGAUUGAAACUAAUAUGUAUGAAUUGCACUGUAUAACAUACAAAAUGCGUGGAAGAGGGAUUAGAAAUCAGAGUUUGUAUCGGGUCAUUUAGUAACAUUGUUCUGCCCUGGAGUAUCAUGGAAAGCUCCACGUCCUAACACACCUUUGUGUAAGACUAACAGCAGCUGUCAGGUUUGGCUUGUGUUAUACUUAGAGUUCUCCAGUGAUGCAACAAUGAGCUCCAUAGAUCUGCUUCUAGCUGUUAGCUCACACAAAGUGUACUGAUAGAAAACACCUACUCAAGAGCAGAAACAAUUGGGAUGUGUUAGGAUGACUUAUGUCAAUUUAUUUUAUUUUUGAUUUUUGUUUUUUCAUUCAUUUAGAAUUUAUUUUUUUGGGUUUUGAAAGAAGUGUUUGUUGUGGUUAAUUGUUCAUUAGUGAUGUGAUGAUUAAAAAUGUAAUAAAAUACAAACGUUUAAGAUA